AUGUCUCUCAGGCUUUGUGUCUGUACCGCCACAGCCAAUGGGGAAUACUACAUGAGCAUGUUUAAUAAGCAUCUCAGCAGCUUCUUCAAGACCAUCACCCUUGGCUCUACGGUGGAUGACUUCAAGCAGGACAAGGAUUCCAAAGACUCGAUCAUCCUGUAUGUGGAGGGCCCCGUCGGACAUGAUGCCAUAAAGUACUUGUGUGACGACUAUCAUCUGCCGAAGGAGCAGCGUCGUGUCCUUUGGAUCUACUCACUCACUGCUGGUGUGGAUGUCUACCGGUUGGGUGAACUUGUCAAAGAACUGCAGGACAUUCCGUUCGCGAACGCGCGAGGCUGCUACUCCUCCGUCCUGGCAGAGCACGUGAUGUACUCCAUGCUAUACUUCUACCGGCAGACGUGGCGCUCCCUGGCGAGUCGCGCGGAGCACAAGUGGGACCCCUUCCUCAUGGUUGAACUGCGUGGGAAGAAGGUGGGCAUCAUUGGCUACGGCGACAUUGGGCAGGCCAGCGCCAAACUUCUCAGUGCCUUUGGGAUGGAGGUGACGGGUGUGAAGCGGUCCGCGUCCACGAAGGAGGUGGACGAGUACGGCGUGCGUCUUGUGCACGGCGAUGCGGAGCGGGAGCGUGUGUUGCGUGAAUCCGACUUCGUGGUCAACAUCCUCCCGGGGACGGAGGAGACAAAGCGGUUUUUUAACAAAGAGCUCUUCUCCAUGAUGAAGCCGAGCGCGGUGUACAUCAGCAUUGGCCGCGGCAUCACGCAGAACGAGGAUGACCUUGCGUGUGCGCUGCGUGAUGGCGUCAUCCGUGGUGCCUCUGUGGAUGUGUUUGAGAGGGAACCGCUUCCCGCCGAGUCCCCACUGUGGGACAUCAGUGAUGAUAAGCUUCUUUUGACCGCCCACUCGGCUGACAGGACAGCCAAUUUGGUCCCUGAUUCUGUUCGCCGUUUCAUUGGCCUGGUCAAUGAGUACGCAAAGACGAAGCGGCUCGAUACCUACCUUGUGGACCCGGUGCGUGGGUACUAG